AUGGGCCCUGGAGACCAAAGCGUCUACGUACUGCCGGCUAUCACUGGCCGGUGUUUAGAGGUCCUCCCAAGGCCUAUCAAGCUUCAGCGGUCUCUCCGGGGACGCCUGAGCCGCAGCCGGCCUGUAGCGAAGACCUGCUUCUCCAAGGACGAGGAUGCGCCGAAGAGUGAGGUCGACCUCGAGGUCCCGGACGCUUCCCCAAUCCAACGAUCAGCAUCAUCCGUGCUGCCGCUCACAGACUCCUGGAGCACUCCAUCGCUCAGCGAGUCUUCCGAGCGCACGCCCUCGCUUAGACCUUUCUCGGCCUCGAGCCACCGCGACGUCCACGGGACGCGGCAUUUGGGCCCGUUGGAGGCAGCGGGCGAAGACAGGCUUGCCAUGAGCGCCAAAGAUGCCAAACGUCGGCGAAGAGUCCGCAGGGCGACCACGAAGACCGUGGAGCGAUCAGCGGACACCAAGACGAGUUCUGUUCGCGAAGCGAAGCUCAAACUUUUUUACGUCGUCCAGUUCGGGAACAAUUCUGGUCUUAUUCGGGACCUCUUAAAGCAUCGAAGAAUUUGGUUUCCAGGCCCUGGUGAUCCCGGCUACUUGGGCCGGCGGCAGGAGGCACCCUGUACCAUGAAGCUCGAGACUGCAGCAGAUGCUCCAGAGAUACAGCUGUUGUGGUCGCAGUACGUGGUUCGAGACUUCCUCAACGCCAUGGCCGAGGAACAGGAAGGUUGGAUUGUGAGCUACAACGAUGAGACGAAGAUCCGGCUGGAGAGGCGCGAGACGGCUGCAGGGCCCGUGGGCGUCCGAGCACACAACCACUUCGAAAAGAAUGCCCUCAUCAGCUCCAAGGCCGGCCUGCGGGAAACGAUGGUAGGCUACUACACGAGCCACAGCCGCGACCCGUUCGGUGCCAUCCCGAUGACCUUUGUGGUGCGCACAGGCUCUGGCGACCCAGAAUUUGUGCGAUGGCUUGAAAGCUUUGAGGAGCUCAGAGCCAGGAAGGAAAGUGUGUGGCUGGUGAAGCCUGGGGACAAGGCAAAUCAGGGCAAGGGCAUCGUCAUUUGCGACAGCGUGGAGGAGGUCAGGGAUGCCAUUGAUAGCAAGAGCCGGUCCUGGGUCAUCCAGAAGUACAUCGAGAAGCCAUUCUUGAUCCAUAAGCGGAAAUUCGACAUCCGAUCAUAUUGCCUCCUGGCCCAGGAUCCUGAAGGCGUGUUGCAUGGCUACUUCUACAGACAGGCAUACCUCCGCACCACCAGCAGCAACUUCACCUUGGCAACCAAAGACCGCUUCGUCCAUCUGAACAACGACGCAGUUCAGAAGCAUGGCGACAGCUAUGGCAAGUUUGAGGCUGCCAACAAGAUGUCACUGUCUGAGUUUCAAAGCUACCUCGAUGCUCAUCAUGGGCGUGAUUGCUUGAGCAUUCACAGCGGUCUCCUUCCGCAGAUGAAGGCUCUGAUGGCGGACACGCUUCGUGCUGUUGGCCCCAAGAUCAAUCCGCGUGGCAUCCAGCACUGCUUCGAGGUCUUUGGCUUUGACUUCAUGGUUGACGAACACUUUCGCGUCUGGCUCAUCGAGGUUAACACCAACCCGAGCCUGGACCCUUGCUGCAGCCUUCUGCUAUCGAUGAUCCCCAAGAUGCUGGACGAGGCCCUUAGCCUCUCCUUGGACAAAAUCUUCGGGGACGCGAAAGCUGCGGGUCACACUGCGUGGGAGUCGAUCUACAACUCCGAAGAACGGGUGGAGGAGGCUGGCAGCGGUGGGACGCUCUCAGAGCGGACCUUGGCCAUGAUCAAACGCGCCCUUGGCCUUUUCGCCGGUGGGGAGGGCGCUGCAGAGGAAGAUGACGACUCCGAUGACGCUGUUUCCCGAAUCUUGGUCUGUGCAGACCUGGACUCCCACACGGAGGACAGCGAAGGCAGCAGUGACAAUGACUCCGACGACGAUCCGCCCGUGCCAGAUGCAGAGGAGAUUGCCAGACAAGCCGGAAGCCUCACCAUCCAUGGUCAACACGAGGAGACGUUUCGAGGGCAAUACCACUGCCAGCUGUGCCCUGAUAAAAUCCUGCUCACCGAAAAGCAGCUGGAGGUCCACCUGCAGAGUGGUGCCCACAAGCGAAAAGAGCGUCACUUCGAACGGGCCAAGGCCAUGGGCUUGGAGGCCUACGAGGCAGAGUGUCUCGAGAAAGCGGCCGCUCGAGAAGCUCAGGCCGCUGCUCAGAGUGCUGGCGUCCUGUCCAAGAAGAAGCAGAAAAACGCGCACUUCUGGAAGCAGCGGAAGGAGCGCCGGCUGCAGGCACGCAAAGCAGGCAGCCUCAAGGGACCUGCCAAAGCCGUACUCUCUGACAGAAUCGAACAUUGUGCUGAGUGUAAGGGCGCAAGUGUCAAAGACUGA